GGGCAUUUCUGAUAACGUCACCGACCUGGAGGCAGGACAGACGAUCGAAGUUUAAAAGGCUUACUAGCGUAAAACCCUCGUCGUGUACAGAUUUUUUUUUUCCAGAUAGUGUGUAGCAGCAGUAGAUUAUUGCUUGAAAUCUCUUCAAGCUUGCAGAUCCUGUGUUUAGUUUAAGGGUUUUCGGAUUGCCGCUCUUUCAAGCUUUAGUGUGGUGUUUUUGGAGUUGCUUUUGAUCUCCACAGCGGUUUCUCGAAUUUUACUGCAAGAAAUAUCUUGAUUUUGAGUUACUCGUUUGUGGAGAGAAUCUAUUUUCGAAAGCCGACUGUGGAUCGAAUUUUUUUUGGCUAGAACUCUUUUUUCCCUUGAAAUUUUAGGCCUGGUGUGGCUUCCUUCUGUAAAAACCGACGAACCUGGCUUCAAUUACCGCCGUGGUCGGAGUUUUCUGCAAAAGAACGGCUCUGGAUCGAAUUUUCUCUAGCGAAAACUGAUUUCCGGUUUUAAAAUUUGGUUGUCCAGCUUUUGAUGCAAAUUACGACAUACUCGGCUUCAAUUAGCGUGGGUGACUGGUUUUCCUCUUAUAAGACGGCUCCUGAUCGAAUAAUCUCCGGCGGAAAGUUAGUUUCACUGUAAAUUUCGGUGCGGCGGCUUUCAUCUGUAGAAUUCUGACGAAUUUGGCUUCAAUUAGUGCGGGGAAUCAUUUUUGACGAGUUUUCUCGUGUGGAAUUGAAUUUUGUUUGCAAAUUUAUGGUGUGCUGCCUUCUCUUGAAAAAUCAGACGAAUUUGGCUUCAAUUAUCACCAUCGAAAUUAAAUUAGCGUCAAGUUUAUAUUCUUUGGAGGAAGCUAGUCCGUUGUUUACAAAUCCUGUUCAGUUGGCUUCAUUUCAAUUUUGACUGACGCUGGUUAAGGCUAUCGCCGAAUUCUUGUGGGCGAUCGUGUUUCGGGAAGAUCAGGGCAAAGUAUUGUUAUUGCAGGGUUUUUUGAGGGUUUUGGUCAAGAAAAUUUGCUGUGAGAAAUUUUUGAAGGUUUUCAGUAAGAGAAAUUCUUGUUAUGCCUCAUCGGAAGAGAGAAAUGGCUUAUUUUAAGAAAGACGAAGCAGAAUCGGGACAGACCGAGGGUUCAGCCUCAGAGGCUGAAAGUUCAGAGCAAAUGAGAGGGAGAAACAGCACGGAAAUUACAAGGGAUGAGCAAAUUUUUAAGAUCGGUCACAUAUCGGAAAGCUCGUGCGCUGUCUCAGUUUCGUGCACGGCAAAUGUCUUGGACGAGCCGAAUUGCUCCAUUGUAGACUGUAUUCCCACGCAUUUGACGUCUGUUAUUGAUUUUUCUGGUUCGACAGCUUGCAGUACUAAUUAUGUACACGGGGGUCGAAUUCUGGGCAAGGCAGCUGCAGUUGCUUUACAAGUUCCGUCUUCACCUCUGCUUGGUUCAUCGCUUACUGGUUCUGCUGUGGUGACAUCAUCUAGGGCUUUUUUUCCACCACUUGGAAAUGCGGAGUCAAGAUUAUCCAAUGGAAAUUUUGGUAGUUGUGCUGUUGCUUCGUCUGUUGUGGAAUGUUCAAUGCCCGCAGAGCCCAGAUUAGACCGUGGCAGUGGGCAGAAUGGUGAUAACAGAGUCGAAGCACAAGUUAGUAGUGGAUCGAGGCGUGUUAGUAUUGCCCAGAGACUCACACAAUUGUUCCAGGGUACAGAAGAUGAGGAUCUAUUGCUUCAGCAGUCUGAUGGGGAGAAUGAAAUGCUACAGUGGCUUCAAGCAUUGGAUUUACAAGUGAUGGGGGCGUGCCGUGCAGACGAGAGACUGAGACCAAUGCUACAACUCAACGUAUCUUGCAGUGGUGCUGACGACCGUCUUCUAGCUCAGCUCAGUCAGCAUUUCAAGGCACGCGAGCUUGGGAUGCUGGUUCGUUGCCUCUGUGUUCCACUUGUUUCAAUCAGGGUGGGAAAGGUUGCUAAACAAGGCCAUUUAUUAUGCCCAACUUCUUCAAGAGGUCAUCUAAGUCUGACAUUGUUACCUUGCUCUGAUUUGCGCCUUUCAUUUGUUGGAGAUAAUGGUGGUGUGGAGAGGUUGGCUAUCUUGAGUCCUGGAAAUGAGAACUCAAAUGUGGUUGUUGAAGAAAUUUCAGCAGAUGUUUCUGGAAGAUCAUUUUUGUUGAAGUUACCUGGGGGAAAGGUUGCAUAUUUUUGGCAGUCUGAGAAAUCCAAGUUGGUUGGAGAUGAGCUGCUUUCAAAGAUGAAAGAUCUUCUUGGACGUAGGCCUUCUCUUGCCCAGCUUACUGGAAUUCGUGAGUCGCGUCUUGAUUCGUUUGCAACAUAUCUUCGCACCUCUUUUCUUGGAUCAGCAAGUUCUUCCACCCAACAAGGCUCGGCUUCAUCUUUGCGCAAUGCUAGCAGGGCAAGCUCUACUGCAGCACACCCUGGACCUAGUAACUCUAGCGAUGGAUCUGCUCCUUUUCUAAUGCCUUCACAGCGCUUUAGACUUGGUUUAAGUCAACCAAUAAUGCAUGGACGAUUACAUUCAGGCAAUCAAGGCAGCCUUAGUCCAAGGGCUGGUGCUUUCAAAGAUGCAGCAAUAAGAAAUGUUUCAUGCAUGCGAGCUGUUAGCUCAACCAGGGAGAAACUUAAACGACGAAUGGAUGGUCAUAGCAGUAAUUUUGUAGUUGGUACUCCAAGCAUUCCUGCAGUACAGGCGCUAAUCAAUUUGGAGAAUUGUAAUGCUAAUGUUACUGAUCCAGAGAGGACCGAGGUUUCACAGUCUGUGACAGUUCUGAAUUCAGCUGAAGUAACAAAUCAGAGUUUUGGGAAUGUUCUUGGUGUGGAGCAUGGCACUCCUUUGCCACAACGGUAUCUUCACUUGCCUGUAAAUAACAGAAGUGGCUCACCUUCACAACAUUCUCCGUUUGUUGGAGAAUCCUCCUUUGAUCCCUUUGCAUUUCAUUUGCCAGUUUCAUCUCGCGUGCCAAUAGCAAACUCUUCCAUAUUUGCACCACAUUAUUGCCCAUGCCCUUUGCGGCCAUCCUCUUUACAAUAUACAAUAACCACUCCUUUUCUGCCAUCAUUGCCAACUGAAGCUGUAAGUUUACCCCCAGCAACUUCUUACUUCUCUGUUGGUUCCUCUUCUGCUUUUAUCCCUCCAUUGCCUCUAGAUUUACAUGAUGUCAGUUUCUCUCCUAUCUCACUUCCUGUACCUUCAUUAGUUAAUAUUCCAACUCCAUUGCAGACUUCAAAUUUACCAUCUUUUUUGAGUGAUCCAGUUGUCAGGGUUCCACUGCCUGUUUCUUCAUUUGUAACUGUUCCUACACCACAACAGAUGUCGACCUUCACCCCUUUUUUCUCGGAUCCCAUUGUACACAUUCCAAUGAUAGACUUUGACACCACAGGACAGGGUUAUCUUGUAAGUGCAGGCCCAUCAAUCUCAUCAGCUAUAUCACCGAUACUUCCCAGUCUGCUGAGUACACUUAUUCCUGAAUCAGGUCCCUUAGAUGAGAAGGAAGACACCAACACUCUGCAACUGUUGACAAGGUUAGCAUUUUCGUCCCCUUGGAGAGGAUCUGAAGGUGAAAACUGUGAAACAAACUUCAUGUUGGGCUUUCCUGCAAGCACAGUUAGGGCGGGCACAUCUUCAUGGCCUUUGAACCAGCAUCAAAAUGGAGAAGAAGUUUCUCGUAGCUGUUUGGAUACUCAAAUGAAUCAUGGAGAAAAGAAUAAUUCUUAUAAUUUCUGUGGAGUAAGAUCAAGCAAUCCAGGUAUUCAAGACUACGUACACUAUGGUAUAUCAUCUCAGCAAAGUGGACCUAUAGUUGGGAUGGCACCUGCUCUUUUGACAAGCUCUAAUUUGUCCUGUUUAUUUGAUAUAUGUCAAGAUGGAAAACCUAAAUUAACAACUUUAGUUACUGGAAGUCGAGGGCUGUACGGUGGUUCAUUGGAUCCAGUGGUCUCAUCAGCAUUGCUGGCUGGAAUUAAUCAGAUAUCUGCAGUCCACAGUGAUACAAAUUUGAAUUGUCUUGUAAGAAAUAAUUUGAUUGGAACACAAAAUGAGGACAGUUUAGUACUAUUAGAGGAUGCCUUUGCUGAGACAGAAGGUUCCAACAUAGAGAAAAUCGAUAAAGAAGAGAGUCUGUCGCGAUUAGAUGAGAGUUCAAGUUCAAGGACACAGAAAACAGACAAGGAAGACUUCAGCUGGGAUUGACCAAGGAAGGAGUAAACGGGCAAGGAAGACUCCUGCAGGAAGUGACCAAAAGACUGAGGAAACAGAAAGGGAAGACUCCAGUUGAUUUGACUGUGUAAAGUGACAAAAACCCGUGCAGCACUUUCCCUUGUGAAGACAACAUUGUACUGUAUCAUUUUACAAGUUACUUGUAGAUAAGAUCUAAAUAAUAAUAUAAUUCUAAUGACCACCCAUUUAUAUGGUCUUGAAAUUUUGAUGAAACAAGGCGCUGGAUUGUAUAGGCAUAUAAUUUGUUUUAGGCCCCUCCAAGCUUUCGCCAUGUGUAAAGGCCACUGCAGCCUGUGGAAAGGAAAUGUUAUUAUGGAAUAUUAUGAUAAUUGUGGAUUGCAUGUUAUUGAUAUUUUGGAAGACAAUUAUAUAGUAUAUUAACUAUUAACAAGAUUUUCA